CAGUUGAUAGAUGCCAAGACAGAGGGAUGCGCUCAGAACAACACUGACAGCUUUUUGAAGAAGCACGGAAGCGACAAAUGAAACCCAAACGAAAAUCCACUUAAUUUUCUGGCUAUCCAGUGCCUUCCAGGGGAUUUUACGCACCGCAAAAGAGUGAAGAAAACGCUGCAGAUAUGAGCGCUGCGUGGUUGUACAUGCUCCUGAAGGAUCCCCUCUCCUGAUAAAGGGACCAAAGAGGACAAAACAAGGCUGCCCAUGAUAUUUUCCAAAAGAAGAUUGCAAAGGUGGAGCGAUUAGAGAAGGGCUGAUGACGGGACUAUUAAUCCCUUCAGUGCAUCAAAAGCACCAACGGGUAUUAGAAACGACUGGAUGGAAAUCGGGCGAGUGUUUGGAACUGUUUUUGGUUUUAUAUGAAACUGGUGAUUAGUUGUUUUGACACGUCUUGCAAGGAUUUUUUGUCACUUAAGAUUAUAUUGAGGAGCAAAUUUGCCUUUUUCCCCCUCCCACUGAAAGGUUGUAUGAUAUGAGCGGUUUCCCGGUGUGAAAACUCUGAUCUCAAUCUUUUUUUCCUCUUAAAGUAUUCCUAGAUCUAAAUGGAAUUAGUUGAGUCUGAAGCCGUUUGUGAAAGGAACAGACAUGGUACAUGGACACAGCUUCCAUCACGUUGUUGCAAGUCUUCUCCUACUUGGGUUGUCUGGGGCAACAAGGAAGGAUACUGCAGUGAAAAACAAUUCUGGAGUGAAGCCUGCAGGUCAAUGUGGAACGUGGGUGAAAGAAUCAGAAGGAGGGCUGUUCACGUCUCCCAAUUACCCAAACAAAUACCCCCCAGACACAGAGUGUGUUUAUAUCCUUGAAGCUCCCCCAAGGCAGUGUAUUGAUCUACACUUUGACGAGAAUUAUUCAAUCGAGUCCUCUUGGGAAUGUAAAUUUGACAACAUCGAGGUUCGGGAUGGACCCUUUGGCUUCUCCCCAAUUCUCGGACGGUACUGCGGUCAGCAUAGCCCGUCUGAUAUCAGGAGUAGCGGCCGAUAUCUGUGGAUAAAAUUUGUUACAGAUGGUGAACUGGAAGCGGUGGGAUUUUCAGCAAGUUACAACUUCACUGCAGAUCCGGACUUUGCAGACUUGGGAGUACCCCCACCGCUGCCCUCCUGUCAGUAUGACAUGGUUGGUCCAGAAGGUAUCGUUGAGUCCCUUCAGAUCACCAGAGACGGGAAGGCUGGCGCCGCCGAGGCCGUCGACUGUAAAUGGUACAUCCGUGCUCCGCCGCGCUCCAAGAUAUACCUGCGUUUUCUCGACUAUGAGAUGGCCAAUUCCAAUGAAUGCAAGCGCAACUUUGUGGCAGUAUAUGAUGGUGGCAGUUCAGUGGAAGACCUGAAGAGCAAGUUCUGCUCCACGGUGGCCAACGACAUCAUGCUGGUUUCGACGCUGGGCGUCAUCCGCAUGUGGGCAGAUGAAGCCAGCCGCAAAAGCCGCUUCCGCAUCUUAUUCACAACCUACCAAGAACCUCCAUGUGAUGCAGAUGCCUUCUUCUGUCACAGUAACAUGUGCAUAAACAACACGCUGGUGUGCAAUGGCAUGCAGAACUGUGUCUACCCCUGGGAUGAGAACCAAUGUAAAGAGAAGAGGAAAGCCAACAUACUGGACAACCUCAACAACACAAACGGCACCAUAAUUGGUGUCACCUGUUGCAUCGUCCUCAUCCUCCUCAUCGUCUCUGUCAUCGUCCAGAUCAAGCAGCCACGUAAAAAGUACAUCCUGCGGCGUGAAGACUUUGACCCCACCAUGUUCCAGGAGGUCUUUGAGCCGCCUCACUAUGAGCUGUGUACUUUACGGAGUGCCACCACAGCCGCUGCGGCCUCAGCAGACUUAGUCGACCUGGCAGAAGACUUUGAGAACUAUCACGCCCUUCGCCGUGCCUCCUCACGUUGCGUCCACGAUCACCACUGUGGCUCCUCCUCCAACCCCGGCUCAGCCCACAUAUCCCAGCUGUCACUCAGUGGACGAGGAAGCCGCGGGAACUUGAGCACUCGAGACGCUGCGGCCGCCACUCUGCUCACAGACCUUCCACAGCCACCCAUGGCAGUGCGGCCCUUGCUGCCGGCCACUGGAAACCGCAGGAGCAUCUUGGUCAUGAAGCACAGCUACUCGCAAGAGGCAGCAGACAAUGGAUGUGACCUGGACGACGACCUGGAAGACGUUCCCACCACCAGCCACCGGCUUUCACGCCACGAAAAGGCAGUACAGCGGUUCUGCCUCAUUGGCUCUUUGAGCAAACAUGAAUCAGAGUACAACACAACUAGGGUCUAAGAGACAAUCUCAAGACUUCUUGAGAAUAGUGCAAUCCUGGAUCAGUACGAACGGGCAUCACUGACAUGUGAAAAAGCGGAGCGGAGAUUUACACCAGCAUGAUGCUGAUGAUGAUGAAGGGACACUUUGACAAAAGGAUAUUGAAUAUGUGUAAUGUGAAUUCAUGUGCAAGGAUGAACACAAAGGACUAGAUCAAAACACUCCAGCUGCAGCUCUGUGCGUACUGUAGUCAAUCCAGAUUUCUUUUGUCUCACUGGAAAGAAAUGGACCUUUAGAAUGAACAAACGAAUACUAACUGAGGGAUGUUAGUCAGCCUCAUGUCUGUCAUUGUCAUAGAGUCCUCACUGAUAAGAAAAUGAAUGUGAUCAAACAUCUUCAAGUUCAUUUUUAAGCAUGUUUUUUUUUUAAUUAGUAGCAUAUGUUUUAUUAUUUUAAUAGCAAAUUAUAGUAGCUUGUCAAACUUAUGAAGAUUUACUUUAUUAGAAAAAAUUAGAAUUAAACUAAAUUAAUUACUAACCUAAUUAAAUCUAAUACUGUUGGGAAAACCAGAAGUAGUUUCAUUUGGCUAACAAUUCUGGGCAGAGUAGUGUGGCUUGUGCAUGCUUCUUUUAUAGCCAUAAAGCAUUAACAUACUAAUAUUAGAAUAAUUGCCCCAAGGUACUAACACAUGUGUCAUGUGGACAUAAGAAAAAGCAUCCUCAUAAUUAAGUAAUUGCAUUGCAUGUUGUUGCUAAGUUAAAUCAUUGGCUAAUGAGAAUUGCGCAAAAUUAAUUUCACAAUUUGUAUCUUAAAAGAAACUCCCUUUUAAUUAUGUUGACUAACUUUUCGACAGGCAGUUUUAUUUUAACAAAGAGUACUUUUUUUGGCAAACAUAUUUAUUUCAAGUAUGUUUGUCUUCUAACUCUCUUCUGGGAGCUUAAUAUCUUUGUAUUAAAACAGACUUUUAUACUAGGGCAAAUUGAAAGGAUGACAGUUUUUACAGUUAUUCAAAUGAUCUUUCAGGGCUGAUUUUACUGAUGCUUUGUAAAAUAAAUAACAAUAAAGCUUCACCUUUUUUCUUUGUUUUAUUGGCAUUUGAUCAGUAGUUCCUCUGUCCCUUUAGUGUGUUCUCAAACUGUCCCACGAUACCCAUGUCUCACAAUCAUGUGAUUUUUAGAUGUUGGUUUAUUUGUUGUGGCUGGUUUGCUUUAGAGGUAGACCAGACCCAAGCCAAAAGGAUUUGUUUCACCAAAACAGGACAAUAAAACGGGUCCUAGAUAAUUCAAAUAAACACAGGUAAUCACAGGUAUCUGACAAGUUAAUUCAGUUUUUGUGUUUGUCCUGAUGAGAUUAACCUCACAUAUACUGCAGAAGGGACAGAUCAGCCUCAUGCUCUAACAACACUCACUAUUGGCAGGCUGUUCUUUUAGGAAACACUGAUAAACAACACGCAUCAUGUGGAAAGAGAUCAGCUGUCAGUACAAUGAGAUAAACACAUUUCAGUUCACACAUACUUGCAUAUCACGUCUUUUUUCUUACACUAUUUCAUUCUCAGAGUACCAAUUUAAUUCUUACUGUAUCAAUUUUUAUGGUAUUUACCAUCCAUGUGUGCAUUCUUUUUUGUAUUCAAUGUCAUGUGUAUAUAUUAUUUACACCCAUGCUUUCCACUCUUAUUCCUCCAUAUAUACAUAAUCAUACAAAGACCCAUAUUUCUGCAGAUACUAAAUAAAAUAUUUCCCUUUUCUAUACGUACAUUGUGCUGAUGUCUGUGUGUUGUUUCUCUGUUUUACAACUGUGCCAAAACUUCUGUUAAAGAUAUCAAAAAAGGGUCAAAAACAGCUCACUCAUCUCUCUUUCUUUCUGUUGUUUACUCUCUUGCUUAAACACACACACACACACACUCACACACAAAACCACAAAGUCACAAACUCAUCUGCCAGUAUAUAGAUAGAGGCAGACAACUCAGUAAUUAAGUAAGUCUCAACCAAUUCGAUCACAAGCAGCCCAGGCAGCAGGUGAGCAAAGCGGUGGGCCCAGAACAGACGUAAAGUAAUAGUGUUUUCAUUUCUCUGCAGAUACAUCAGACAGAUGCGUCAUUCCUCUGCAUCUUGCCAAGUUUGACAGCAUUUGGAGCUAUAAGGUUUCUCUCCCUUGCAUCUUGAGUGAACUGUUGCCCUGAGCAACUUUACCAGUGUAGAGUGUUGUGAUGAGAAAAAAACUUUAAAAAAUGAAAAUUAAAAAAAGGUUUGUGGCGUAUGCAUCAAGUUUUCUUCUUUGCUUUGGACCCCAGAGGUGCAUUUUCCCUUCCGGUGCUCCACAGCUGGCUAGGAUUGACGAGCCAUGGAACACUGAUAAUCUCAGAUACGGGACUGAAACGUUGUGUUUUUUGAAAAAUAGAGUACCUUUAAUGUAAAGUUGUUCAAGCAGAGAAAAAAAAACUGAAUCAGGUUUUUUUUAAAUCCUUUUCAUGUCAACAUCAAAAUAUGAAAUUGCAUAUUUCCACUGCUGAUUUCACAUUUCUUGUCUUUAUAGUGGAGUGCCAGGUUGUUUGUUAAUCUAAACAAUUACAGGACGCCUUGUUGAGAAGACAAAAAAUACAGAAUGUUUGAAAUAAAAUGAUGUUAAUCUUCAUAAAUAGGUGCAUAUACAGUACAUGAUUCUACUGACCAUCAACUACGACUUUAUUUAUUCCCACUUUCACUUUCUGAUGUUAGAACAGAAUUGUUUUUUUCUGUCUUUCUCUUUGUCAAACUUCAUUGCGUUGUGGUGUUUUUUUUAACCUAUUUGAACAUUUAUUUGAUAACAUUAAGAAAAUGCUGGAUAGAAUGUUUUCAAUAAACUAAUGUUUACUGA